AUGGCCUCCCAGGGUGCAACGCUGCAGAACUACAACAACGAGCUGGUGAAGUCGAUUGAAGAUCUCCGUGAGAAGCGUGAAGAGCUUAACCGGCAGAUUCUGAAGGAGGAAGAGGACAAAGCAAAGAUCCAGAAGGAGCUUUCCAUUCUGACCGACCGCAUUUUAGCGGCACUUUUCAUGGUGAGCUUGCAGAGGAUCAACGAAAGCCUCGUUCGCAAGACACAGGCCCGGAACGAGUACGACAAGACCAUUCAAGAGACGGAGGCCGCAUACAUGAAGAUCUUGGAGUCCUCCCAGACCCUCCUCCACGUGCUGAAGCGUGAGACAGUGAAUUUGACCAAGAAGAAGGGCGAGCAAUGA